GUGAAGAGGAGGAGGAAAAUUCAAGUGAUGAAGAAGAAAACAUGGUUUUACGAACUGCUUUAAUACAACGAUUAAACACACGAUAUUUAAAGCCUCGUAUAUAUAAUGUAGCUAAAUCAAAACACUGGUGGCUAGAAGUUCUUCCAUCAUAUGAUCCUAAUAGAUUCAAAAAAAUCUUAAGAAUGUUUCCACAUAAUUUCUUACAAUUAUCUAAUCUGAUACGUUUUCAUCCUGUAUUUUUAUCACAAGGAACAAAACCUCAAGUUUGUAUUGAACUUCAGUUAGCUGUAUUUCUUUGUAGACUUGGUUCUACUGGGAGUUUAUUUGGAGUUUGUUCAAGAUUUGGAUUAGGAGAAGGAACAGUAAUUCUUUACACCAAACGAGUUAUUCAAGCAAUUUUAACACAAAAAAACACUUUUCUUAAAUGGCCUACUUUAGAGGAGCGUAGAAAAGUUAAUAAAGGUUUUGAAAAUUUAGGAGGAUUAAAAAAUGUAAUUGGGGCUAUUGAUGGAACACAUAUCCUUAUGAAAAAUGCACCAAGUAAAGAUUCAGAAGUUUAUUUUACUCGAAAAAAACGGUAUGCUAUUCAUUGUCAAGGUAUUGUAAAUUACAGAGGAAUUUUUAUUAGUUUUGAUGUAGGUUGGCCUGGUUCUGUUCAUGAUGCUCGAGUAUAUAGAAAUUCUUCUUUUUAUAAAAACUAUUCUAACCUUAUUCAAGAAGAUGAUUACCUUUUAG